CGCGACUGUUGCCCCGCGCCUGCAGGCUCUGUGUUCCGCCUGGCUCCGCGGCGGCCCGGCCCGAUGGCGCCUCAGCGGAGGGGACCACCCAGAGUCCCCGAGGGGAGCAGAGCAGCCGAGCGCCGGCGCACGAACAGACAUUCUUCUGUGCUCUUUUUGGCCCUGUGAUUUAAGUGGAUACGAUUCUUCACCAAGAAGGACUCGCUGCCUCGGGAGGCACAGACACCAUGCCUAAGGACUGUGGCCCUUGCGGUCAGCCUUGCUGUGGUCAUGUUCCUGCUCUGGAGUAGUCUUCAGGUCGAGGAUGAUGUUGCUGAAGUUGUAGCCCGUCGUGGUGAGGUGCUGGAAGGCAGAUUCAUUGAGGUUCCCUGCUCUGAGGACUAUGAUGGUCACCGAAGGUUUGAAGGCUGCACCCCCAGGAAGUGUGGCCGAGGUGUUACUGACAUGGUGAUCACCAGGGAGGAGGCGGAGCAGAUUCGCAGAAUAGCAGAGAAGGGGCUCUCCCUAGGUGGAUCGGAUGGAGGGGCGUCUAUUCUGGACUUGCACUCUGGGGCCCUGUCUGUUGGGAAGCACUUUGUGAACCUGUACAGAUACUUUGGGGAUAAAAUACAAAAUAUCUUCUCUGAGGAGGACUUCCGCUUAUAUAGGGACAUUCGGCAGAAGGUCCAGCUCACCAUUGCCAAAGCUUUUGGCAUCAGUGCCUCCUUGCUGUAUCUGACAAAGCCCACGUUCUUCUCGAGGAUAAACAGCACGGAAGCCCAGACGGCCCAUGAUGAGUACUGGCAUGCACACGUGGACAAGGUGACCUAUGGCUCCUUUGACUACACUUCGCUGCUCUACCUGUCGGACUACUUAGAGGACUUUGGUGGAGGACGCUUUGUGUUCAUGGAGGAGGGCUCCAACAAGACAGUGGAGCCCAGAGCCGGUCGCAUCUCAUUCUUUACCUCAGGCUCUGAGAACCUGCACCGGGUGGAGAAGGUCCUCUGGGGCACGCGCUAUGCCAUCACCAUCGCAUUCACCUGCAACCCCGACCACGGCAUCGAGGAUCCAGUACUCACGUAGCCAGCUGGGCUGGGUCCUGAGUCCCCUGUCUAGAAGCCUGUUGACGGCACCCUGGUGUGCCGCAGCCCUGUCAGUGAAGGCGCUCCUAAGCCAGCUGAGUGUGCGCUGCUGCGCUCACCCCUCCUCUUCCAGCCCAUUGCUGCUGUACACAGUGCCUUAUGAAUGAGCCUACAUUUUGACUUGCUGAUAUUUUAAUGUUUUCAUCUGUGAAUAAAUCAAGGCAGAAGCCUCUCCCCUGGUA